AUGACUUGCCAUGCCGCCUUUUGGGCCUUCUCACGGGUCACCUGUACAACCAACUUCCAUACCAUUCCCAAGAGAGGAUUCGUCGCGAAGAGUAGGUUUGCUGAUGGCGCAAUACUGCAGCAAACGGGAUACGAUCACCUUGCCUUGGAGACUAGUGCUACACCUCCCUCGAAUGAACCGCUGCCGCGCUGA